GCUGCCAGCUGUGAGGGGAGCAGAGGAAACGGCCCGCAGAGUACUAAAGGGACAAAGAGCCCCUGCUUCACAUGCCAUCCUGUAAGACAGGUUGGAAACCUCAGCGUCCUCAAAAGACUGUGCUGACUGUCCUCCGUCUGUCAGAGGUAUUAGUCUUUUCCCUCAUCAUUCUGCAUCAUGCUGCUCCUGGCUGUUUUCUGCUGUCUCCUUUACACCUUGCUGGUGCCAUCCAGCGCCCAGUCAGACUCUAACCAGCCUGUGAUCCAGCUACGUCUAGCCGGGGAGAAGAAGAAACACUACGAGGGUCGGGUCGAAGUCUUUUACAAUGGAGAGUGGGGGACGGUGUGCGAUGAUGACUUCUCCAUCUAUGCUGCCCAAGUGGUAUGCAGAGAGCUGGGCUUCACGGGUGCCGAGUCCUGGUUGCCCUCAGCCAAGUACGGAAAAGGGGAAGGUCGUAUCUGGCUAGACAAUGUGCACUGCACAGGUAGCGAAAAGAGUCUGGCUCAUUGUGAGUCCAAUGGCUUCGGAGUAUCCGACUGCAAACAUUCAGAAGAUGUCGGCGUGGUGUGCAGUUCGAAGCGCAUUCCAGGAUUCAAGUUCAUUCGGAACCAGGCCAACAGCCAGGAGGGCUUGACGGUACAGGUGGAAGAGGUGAGAAUCAGGGCCACAUAUUCUCACAGAAAAAGGAUUCCCAUUACUGAGGGAUUUCUGGAGGUAAAAGACGGAGGCAAGUGGAGGCAGAUCUGCAAUGAGGAUUGGAACCAGAUGAAUAGCAGGGUCAUCUGUGGCAUGCAGGGCUUCCCUGGGGAGAAACGCUUCAAUACCAGACCCUACAAAUUGCUGGCCAGCCGUCGAAAGAAGAACUACUGGGGCUUCUCUAUCAACUGCACAGGCAACGAGGCUGACCUUUCUGAUUGUAAACUGGGCCGAGAGAUAGAGAAGAAAGGCAACAGCACCUGUGGAAAGGGCAUGCCUGUAGUGGUCAGCUGUGUGCCUGGACGGGUCUUUGCUCCUAGCGUCAGCAUCGGGUUCAGAAAAGCCUACAGGGUGGAGCAACCCCUAGUACGUCUAAGGGGUGGUGCCAUGAUAGGUGAGGGGCGAGUGGAAGUCCUGAAGAAUGGAGAGUGGGGAACAGUGUGUGACGACAACUGGAACAUUCGCACUGCCACCGUGGUGUGUCGAGAGCUGGGGUUCGGCAGCGCCAAAGAGGCCCUGACUGGCGCCCGAAUGGGACAAGGCAUUGGACCGGUCCACAUGAACGAGGUGGAGUGCUACGGUUUCGAAAAGUCUCUGACCGAGUGCUACUUCAACCCUAACUCUUUGGGCUGCAGCCAUGAGGAAGAUGCAGCAGUCAAAUGUAAUGUUCCUGCCAUGGGCUUCCACAAUAGACUUCGGUUAAGUGGCGGCCGUAACCCAUAUGAGGGCCGUGUGGAGGUCCUGGGGGAGAGAAAUGGCUCUUUGGUGUGGGGCACGGUGUGCAGUGACAGCUGGGGGACUAUGGAGGCCAUGGUAGUGUGCAGACAGCUGGGCUUGGGCUUUGCCAGCAAUGCUUUUCAGGAAACAUGGUACUGGCAAGGAGACUCAUCAGCUGAUGCUGUGGUGAUGAGCGGGGUGAGGUGUUCAGGAACUGAGCUGACUCUGGAGCAGUGCCUGCAUCACGGGAAACAUGUUGUCUGUCCCAAAGGAGGUGGACGCUUUGCUGCUGGGGUCUCUUGUACAAUGACGGCCCCUGACUUGGUCCUGAACGCUCAGGUUGUGGAGCAGACCACAUAUCUGGAGGACAGACCCAUGUAUGCUCUGCAGUGUGCCCAUGAAGAGCGUUGUCUGUCCGGCAGUGCUGACAAAGCUGACCCUAGUUCCUACCGCCGCCUUCUUCGCUUCUCCUCCCAGAUCCACAACAAUGGCCAGUCAGACUUCAGACCGCGGGCAUCACCUCAGUCGUGGGUCUGGCACGACUGUCACAGGCAUUACCACAGUAUGGAAGUUUUCACCCACUAUGACUUGAUGAGUCUGAACGGCACUAAAGUGGCAGAGGGCCACAAGGCCAGCUUCUGUCUUGAAGACACCUAUUGUGAUGAGGGAAUUCAAAAGAGGUACGAGUGUGCAAAUUUCGGUGCACAGGGCAUCACGGUUGGCUGCUGGGAUACCUACAGGCAUGACAUUGACUGCCAGUGGAUCGACAUCACAGACGUGAAGCCCGGCGACUACAUCUUGCAGGUUGUAAUUAACCCAAACUAUGAGGUCGCGGAAUCAGAUUACACUAACAACAUAAUGAAGUGCCGCUCCCGAUACGAUGGGCAUCGGAUGUGGACAUAUAACUGUCGUACAGGUGGCACACUGAGUUCAGAAACGGAGGAAACGUUUCCUGGAUUGCUUACCAACCAGCUUUCUCACAGGUAGACCUGAGAAGGACAGGUCAGCAUUGGUGGAUGGGGGGGUGCAGACUAAUAUUUGACAACCACUAGAGGGGGGCCUGGGCAGAUGUGCUUCCUUGGAGCAGUGCUGGAUUGUUGUGAGCUCUGGGCUCAUCUGGUACAAUAAACAAUGACUCAAUGGGAAAAUGAAAUGCUUGCUUACUAAACCAUUAACUGCAUUCAGAUGUUCAAAAAGUGUUAGUACAGUGUAGAUUUGAUCUGAUGUUUAUUUACCAGGAGAGAUGCCAUGAGGAUUGUAGCCAGGUAACUCGUUAAAUAACCCAUGCCAACGAGGGCCGCCUGCGUAAAAGUUUCCAGUGUUUGGGAGAACAUUUUAAACCAAAGAAAAAUCACGACAUGAGAGACCACGACUCUUGGACUGAGCUCUGUUUGAACGGGUGAAAAUAGUGUUGUGCUUAAUCUGGUGCUACAGCCUGUACUGUUGCCUCGCAGCUGAACCGAGAGACAUUUGCCUCAACAGUAAAUAGUUAAAGGAAUUACUGACUCAAAACUGUGAGCAGUUUUAAUAAUAAUACAUUACAUGACUAUGAUUAUCUCUGCAGAGCAAUGUGCUACAAUCUGUGGAUACAGCAUGUCUGAUAAGUAACUCCUGCUCUCAGAGGGAUUCAUUAUAACAAACUGAAAACAGGAUUCAUUUUAAAAUUUCUAUUAGAGCCUCCGUGCACUUAAUGUACCAACAUCUUGCAAAGAGCCUUUCACAUACUUGACACAUACAUUUCUGAAAAUAUUUUUAAUUUAUUCACACCACACACACAUUUUCAUCUUCUUGUUCUGCACAUCCUCUCCCUUUCUUUAUCGGUGUCUGAGUUGUGUUAAAUUAUUACCAUCAGGGAAUUUGAUUACAUUGUGGAAGUGCUGUAACAACCACACAUGUAUGUGAAAAUGCCUCUUCGUGGUUUUGUACAUUUUGUUUUUCUAAAUGUGGCAAUUCAAGGAUACUUGUUGGUUGCUGUCUGUUUUUAUUUUGUAUGCAUGGAUGAAUGUGGGAAAGCAUUAUGUUUUCAAUAAAAUGAAAUGCUUGACAAGUAA